AUUCCAGGCGACAGGUUACAUCAGAUCCUUCGAUCAGGGAUGCAAGGAAGGAUCUUGGAUUGUGGGCGAGAGCGAAAGGCAUGUGUGCUGCCCCUUCUCCUGUCUUUGCCAAAUGAUGUGAUUGAUGGCUGUGCUGUGUUCAGGCGAUCUGUCUUCUCCCACCCACCCCCAAACGCCCUCUCUCCGUCAAAUACGGGCCCCCCGGUCAAUCAACAGUCACAGAGCUGUUUAGCUUAUUUUAGCGACUGCUAGCUGCGUGGCCAAGGAACCAACUAAAUUGGGCCGACUCUGUUGGCGAUACGCUUAUCCUGGCGUCUUGUCGCACGAUGCUCCCGAGUCAGUCGUUAGUCAGUCAGAGUGUAAUAAUAAUCCUAACUGAAGGUGCAUUGCAUUGCCACUUUCUCAUUAUUGAAUUAGUGCUACAGCGCCGAGCUGUAUCCUGGAGCCAGUAUCCUGCCAUUACCUGCGAGUCAUUGGGCAAGCGCGACAAGCUUUGGACCGCGGAAUUUUCAGCUGGAAUGGGGGCAAUCGCUGGUGCCUGGCUGGCUGGCUGCUCGUUUAUUUUGCCUGCGAAGGGGCACUGGCAGUUACCGCAAAAUACAACUAACCAGUCAAGAAUUGUGCACACAACAGGGAGCAUUAUUAUUGAGUUGACGUUCUUGUGGUUGCAGCGUGGGGCGUAAUUUAUGGGCCGGUAAUC